AUGGUACCAUCCAUAACAUUGUCAUUGUUACCAUUUAUUUCAGUUGCACUAGCAUAUGAGUAUCAAUUUUUGAAUCCAGUAGAUUUUUUUAAUGCAAAUUUUGUCAAUAUCAAUGAACCACUUCGAAUUUCCGCUAAUGACCAACAUUUUACAAAAAAGCGGAAAAAACGAGGCUCAGCAGUGAUUUUGGAAAAUGAUAAAUGGCCAAAUGGACGUAUUCCAUAUGUUAUUUCUUCCGAUUAUACUCUCUAUCAACGUGCUAUAAUUGCUCGUGCAAUAGCCGCUUACGCUGCACGAACGUGUAUUCGUUUCAUCCCUCGACAGUUAUUCGAUACAGAUUAUAUUAUUAUCUCCAAAACUGACGGAUGUUUUGCUGAUUUUGCUCAUGUUGGGGGAGGUCCACAAUAUGUAUCGCUCUCUGAUGAAUGUCUAAAUUAUGCAACGGUAAUUCAUGAAUUGAUGCAUGUGAUCGGUUUCAUCCAUGAGCAUCAACGCAAUGAUCGCGAUUACUUCGUUAAUAUUUUGUGGCAAAAUAUUAUACCUGGUAAGUCUUUCCAUAACAUAAUCGUUAUCGAAAUUAGCCUCUGAUUCUUUCUAAGAUUUUCAUUUCCUCAACCUAUUAAAAUUUUGGUGAAUCACUGUUUUAAUCUUUCUAGUCUUCGUAAACAUUUUUCCAUGUACAGGUGUGUGCGAUAUCGCUCUCGCCAACAAAUUUUUCGAAAGAUAAACAUUUUUCACCAAUCUGUAAAGCACCUGAUAAUUAGCGACAGUCGUUUGGUGGCUCAGUUAUGUGACUAAAGGAAAAAAAAAUGGGAAAACCACUACCAUCAUAAAAGGCAUUCUCUGUAUUAAGGUGCUAGCACCGACUUCGAAAAGCUAACUUCAGUAAAGCUAUCGGAUUACGGUGAAAGUUACGAUUACUCCUCUAUCAUGCAUUACGAAUCAACGGAAGGCAGUCGUAACGGCAAAAACACAAUGGAAGCGAGAAUUCAAGCAGUUACCCCAUUGAUGGGUAAAAGUGCUGAUUUUUCAUUAAGUGAUAUUAAUAGGAUUAAUCGAGCUUAUAAAUGCUAGGAUUUCUUUCUGCACGGCUAAUAGAAUCUGAGGUUAUUCGAUGCCUUAUUUCCCGGUAAAGACAAGGAAUGCGGGAUGGGAACGGGAAGAUAUGUAACAGUGCUUUCUAUUAUUUCUAAAAUCAAAUGACAAUAUGAACAGACUUA